GGGAAAUAAAAAAACUAAACUAAAACUAAUAGCCCCAAAUCAGAAACCCAUCUUUUCUCAAUUCCCAUUUACUUCUCGUCACCCUCACCGCCAUUAUCCUUCUUCUACCUUCUCAUUCCUUCUUCUUCCUUCUUAAACCGACACCCUUCCCACUUUCCUUUUCCUUUUCCUUUCUUCUUCUUCUUCGAGCGACAGCAGCAUCGACACCACCUUCACCAUCUUCUUCCUCCUCCUUCUUGUAAUUGUUGGUGUAUACAAACUAAGAUUUGUAAUUCUUGGAGGCAUAAUAUGGCAAAUUCUUCGUUACCAUCAUCCACAGAAGCUGUUGAUAAAUUGCAGGAUGUUGCAGCUCCUCCUCCAACUCCAUCACCAUCUUCGUUUUUUGACGACUGGGAAAGAAGAAUCUUCUACCCUAAACUUCUUGGAGGGAUUGUUGGGGGAGCAGUUGGGGCGAUGUCAAAGCAUCGUAAUGUUUAUGGCGUUGCAAAUGUUUCAGCUACUUAUGCUACCAAUCUCGCCGUUGUCACUGGCUGCUACUGUGAAACUACUUGAAGCCAAUCCCGAGGUCAAUAUUGUGCUUCCAGAUCUAUCAAAAAUAGGAAGUAAUACUACAACUCCACCUACUGAGUCAAGUGGACAUUCUUCUGUUGGAGCGCACUCUACCAAUCGAUUAGCACUUGAUGGAGCUGAUGAAGAGGAGGAAUUAUAUCAAAGUUGAAGUUCUUUGUUGAUAAUGAAGUCCUUUUGCAAUGUUGCAUGUAUCAAAAGCACUAAUUGAACUAAAUAGAAAUGGUGCUUUAUUUUGUAUUAGAGUUGAUGAAUUAUAUCUAAGUUAUGUAUGUUGGUGCUUUAUUUUGUAUUAG